UCUCCGGCAGGGUGAACGGAGGGACGAUGGGGCAGCACGGCAGAGGGCCACACUGGGAGGGAGGCACAGCAGCACCGGAGCAGGACCCCCUCCCCCCAAAGAUGUCCAACGGCUUUGAGACCGACCUCCCAGAGUCCUCAAGCCUGAACAGGCAGGGCCCAGGCGCUGGUGGGGAGCCAGACACGCCCCACCUGCACACCCGCGUCUCCGUUGGCCAGCUGAGGAGCGCCUUACUGCAGCAAACCUCAGGCGGAGCCCAGCCAGAGAAAGCUCCUGUCACAGAGGCGGGUCACAUGACCUCCUCCCUAGACCUGGCAGUGAAGCCAGGAGUGGAGGGAGGCCGCAGGCGCACGCGCCGCUACCUCCAGGGCAGCGCAGGGGGCAGCAGGAAGAACAGCGAGCGCUUCCGGACACAGCCAGUCACGGCCAGCGAGAUGCAGGAGAGCUGCGGACUCCUGGAGAGUGAGCAGCAGGACGCCUCUCAAGGUGAUGCAAAAAUGGACGACAGAGCCAAAAUGAGUGUGGCUGCCAAGAUGUCUCUGUUUAAAGAGCUGGAGAAGACAGUGCCCGAGGCCUCCUCUUUCCUGAAGCCUCGCUCUGCAGCCGGCUCCCAUGAGCGGCGAGUUCGCCGCAGCAACGAGCACCGGGCACUCACUCAGCCAAUCACGUGCGAGGAGCUUGUAGUGGCCGUCAGCCACCCUCAGUCCGAGGAGCCCAGCGAGACGCCGGCCGCCCAGGGGGAGCCGGAGGUGGAGGACGACGUGAGCUCGAAGCUGAGCAUGAGCGAGAAGCUGGCUCUCUUCAACAAGCUGUCCCAGCCGGGGGCUCUGGCCAGGGAGCCGGGCUCCACCGAGGCCCCCGAGAGACGCAGGCAGAAGGGCGCGCGCUACCGCACACAGCCCAUCACUGUGGAGGAGCUCCAGAAGGCCCCAGUCCAGCUGCCCACUCUGAGCCUGUCCCCACACGUCUUUGACCGGCAGCAGGCCCUGUCCACCAACCUCAAGCCCAGCGAGGUGCGCCAGACCCGGCCGCGCUCCAGCGGUGAGUGGGGCUCAAGCACGGAGCUCCGGGCCCAGCUCAGCCUGGAGCCUACUGUUGAAGACUACACCUCCCAUCAUGCCGUUCAGCGAGAGGUGCGGGGCAUCCUUAAGAAGAGCAAGUCAGGGGGAGAGGAGUGGAGGGCCAGGCGUGCCAGUGAGGACCUUCUGACUGGGCACCAGGAGGAAGAGGAGCAGAACGGUGGGCAGAGGAGGGAGAGAGUAGACGAGAGGAGGGAGGAACCGGAGGAGAGCGAAGCCUAUACGGAGAGGAGGAGGGGCGCGUCUGAGUCGGGAGAGGGAAGCGCCGCGGCGUCUGCUGCCCCCUGGAGGCAGAGGGCCAGGAAGGAGACCGCCAGAGCCCGCCGGGCCACUCAGGAGCCAAAGCCACUGGCUUGCCAGGAGCCUCCCAUUCAGCCUCAACCCAGAGACACACAUACAGACAACCAGGACAGCAGGUUGGCUGAUCAUCAUUCUGAGGAAGAGGAGAGGGAAGAGAGGAAGAGGAGACCUAAGAGGAAUUCUGUACGCCUGGAGCCACUGCAGACAGAGAGUGAAACUACCCAUAAUGCAUCAGCCCGCCCUCAAUGCUGGGAGCCUGUGUUCUCCUCUGUCUAUUCCCCCCCUGUCACCACUCCUCAGUAUGUCAUGUGCUUCAACCAGACUAACCUGUCAUAUGAGGCGCAAGAAGUGUGCUCCACCCAAGCCCCAUCUCAGCCCAGUUGGAGGAAGCAGACAGUGGAAGUGGACUUUGCCCAGACAGAUGUGCAGACCGAGACGCAGACGCAGACACAGGUGCAGGCCGAUGCGCGAGUGGAGGAGCAGACAGAGGAGCAGAGGGACGUGCAGACAUCUGCGCAGGCUGCCAGCCCAGGCCCCACUGCUCCGUCCCCCCUGGAGGCUGCACCAGCAGCAGCAGUGGCCUCUGGGUGCGCCAAAGAGGUCAUGACCUCUGGCGCCACGCCCAGCUCGCCGAGCACCUGUGCAGACGCGGAGCAGGACCUCAGCUCGCUGUGUCAGACCAACACACCAAUUCUGUCAUCUGCAGUAGCAGAGCACAGACGUUCAGUGAGGCCCUCUCGCCGGACUCAAGGCUCGCGGAAUCCUUUACGUGCACUAGCUGCCCGUGACGAUGUUCGCCAGGACUUCAACGAGCCCCAAGACAACGGGGCUGCCGAAGAAGCCAAUAGGAUGGUUAAGAACUGUAAUUCAUCUUCAAGUGAUGCCAUUGCUGUUGAAACAUCAGGCAUUAACACAGUGCCCUACAACUCACUCAUGCUCAUUCAGGUUAAAGGCUGGCGGCAGGUGCAGGUGCUUGUUGUGGAGCCGACAGCCCGGUCUCUGAAUAGCGGAGACUGCUUCCUACUGGUGACGCCGCAGCACUGCUUCACAUGGAGCGGCCGGGCAGCCAAUCCUGCCGAGAGGGCAAAGGCCUCUAAGAUGGCCCUCAUAGUCCAGAGCCAGAGGGACCUGGGUUGCCAAGCAACUCAGGUCAUCCACCUUGAUGAGGGAGUGAACAGUGAGAGUUCUCAAGCUAUGGAGUUCUGGAACCUCCUAGGUGGAAGAGCAGAGUAUUUGGGUGCGGGUGGCCCUGAGGAGGACGAGCUGUUUGAGAGCGCGCUGGUGGAGUCCAACUGUGUGUACCAGCUGGCAGAGGACCGGCUAGUGCCUCACGAGCAAGGCUGGGCCACAGCCUCACACGUCGGCCUACUGGGCUCCACUCAGACUCUGCUGUUUGACUUUGGGAGUGAGGUCUACCUGUGGCAUGGGAAAGACACUACCCCAGGUGACCGCAAGGUGGCGCUGCAAUUGGCUCAGCAGGUGUGGAUCGGAGGGUAUGACUACAGAAACUGCAGGGUCAACCCCUUGGACCCUUCAGCUAUUAAUGCACAUAUACCCAGGCUGGGUGUUGGGCGCCCUACCUGGGCCCUUCUGGGUCGUCUGUUUGAGGGGGCAGAGACGGUGCUGUUCAGGCAGAAGUUUGUGGACUGGCCCGGCACAAGCUCCAGCAAAGAGGACAUCAGUACCCCCACUGUGGACACCUCACAGCGUGCUUUGCCAGUGACCUCUCAGCCCUCGGAGGGCUGGUCAUGCGAUGCCAAGGCCCUGCUGGCUGGAGAAGGUGCGCCAGGGGCCGGGUGUGUGUUCCUGGACGGUGUGGAUGUCCAGAGAGGGCGGGACCUGGUCACGCUUAGCGACAGUCGCCAGGCGGAGCUGAGCACAGUUGGCGUGGACGUCUGGCACGUUGGCCAGCACGGGGAGAGUCCGAUGUCUCCUGAGAGUGCUGGACAGUUCCAUGAGGCAGAGACAUACGCCGUCCACUGGAGUUACCGCCUCACCGCUCUGGUUGACCAAAUAGUCGCCGCUGGUGACGGCGUGGGUCAGGAUUGCUCGGCACUCUUUCUCUGGCAUGGCCGCCACUCACACCACUAUGGGCGGGAGCUGCCGCCUGCCCUGGCCAAUCACUGUGGAGCUGAGGUGCUGGUGGCUCAGGGGGAAGAGCCUCCCUGCUUCCUGCAGCUGUUCCAGGGCGGCCUGGUCCUCCACAGAGGCAGGAGGGAAGAUAAUAACACAGCUGGCUGGCGUCUGUUUUGUGUGAAGGGGGCCGUGCCAGUGGAGGCGUCUCUCUCUGAGGUGGAGUGCUGCUGCUCCAGUCUGCGCUCGCAUGGCUCGCUGCUGCUGCUCAGCAUCCAGCAGGGGGCACUCUACCUGUGGAACGGCUGCAAGGUCCAGCCCAGCACCCGGCAGGUGGCCAGGCACACUGUAGAGCAGCUACUACACACGUGUCCUCCCGAGCUAGGUCUGAGUCCUGAUACCAGUCUCAGGGUUCAUGAGGUGGAAGAAGGGGCGGAGCCCACAGAGUUCUGGGCUGCCAUUGGGCAGCAGGACCGAAAGGCCUAUGACUGCAUGUUACAAGACCCUGGGAAGUAUACCUUCACCCCCCGCCUGUUCCAUCUGAGCGCCCAGUCAGGGGCCUUCAAUGCCGUGGAGAUCCUAAAUCCUGCCAGGGUGACUGGUGUUGUCAUGCCAAUGCCUUUUCUGCAAGAAAGCUUGUACUCUGUGUCACAGCCAGCUCUCUUCCUGCUGGACAACUGUCUGGAGGUGUACCUGUGGCAGAGCAGUGAACCAGCAGACCGCCAGCGCCCCCACUGGGACAAAGAGAAGAAGUGCGCCAUGGAGACCACCCUCCAGUACUGCAGAGAACGUAACCCACGGCGCCCCCCGCUGGCCUAUCUGAUAGAGGACGGUGCUGAGCCGCUCACCUUCACUAACGUCUUCCCCGAGUGGUGCCCCAGGACACCACCCCAGGGAGAAGCUCCGCGUAAGAAGCUGACCCUGGUGCAGGAUGUCCUGGACGCCCUCAGCACGGCCACUACCGGACGGGGUGGACGCACUGCACCUUGAGGCCUACCUAUCUGACCACGACCUGCAGAUGGCUUUGGGCAUGAGGUGGGAUGAGUAUGCAAGCACUUCCAGAGCAGCAGAUCAACCUGAAGAAAACUAAAGGACUGUAUUGAUAUUCACCUUUCAGCACACUGUUUUUUAUAUAACAUAUAGUGUAGAUUUUAUUUUCUGUCAGCAAAAAGCUAUCUUUUAAAAAGAAAACUUUUUGUAUUUUCUAUUUUUGUGAAGAAAAAAAAAAGUAUUCUUGUUAAGUGGCCCCUCUUUGCACACACACAUGUACAGUGUUUCCCCCUCUAGUUGCCUGUUUAAAAGUGUGUGCUUGUGCGUGGGUAUGUGUGCGUGGGUAUGUGUGCGUGUGUGUGUGUGUGUGUGUGUGUGUGUGUGUGUGUGUGUGUGUGUGUGUGUGUGUGUGUGUGUGUGUGUGUGCGCGCGCGUGUGUGUCCUAUGAAAUUGGUCAUUAUAGAGCCUUAAACCCUACUCACAGGGAUUGGCCAAAUGUUCUUUUUUGAAUUUGAUUUCCUUGUAGUGUAUAGUACACAUUCAGUGCAAGCACAAGGGGCAGCUCCAUGCACUGUACUGCAUGCCCAACCCCCCUGCCUAACGUGGGCUUUCUUCACCUCUGGCCAGAACAGAGGAGGUGUCAUGAGAAUGAUGUGUGGUUUUAAUACUGAACUUAGUAGAUUUCAUCAAAUGUGUUUUAAGUUAAUGAAACAACAUGGACGACAAACUGAAUGAUGUAACAUCGCAGCAUUGUGUUUUUUUUUCCUAUGAAAUUUUAAUUUACCUGUACAAAUCAGAUCAAAGAGAUGGAAGAGAGAGAGAGAGAGAACAGAAAAACAAUGUAAGAGUCAGUCACAAUCUCUGUAGAUAUUUUAUGAGAGAAAGAGAAUGCAUAUAAAAACCAAGCAAGGAAGAUCAGUCUAAUAAAUACAGUAAGGAAAGUGAA